AUGAGCAAAGAGCACAGUGGUGUUCUACGAGCAUGGGAGAGCACCAUGCGUAAAACACAAGCAGCAAAAAAGCGUGCAAACAACAUUUUUGGGAUAACAUCUAUGGCAAAUGUAACUAAUAAUGAUCUCGAAGAUGAUACUGAUAAAGGUGUUAGCAUAUCUGGGGAAGCGUACUUUGCAGAGAAAAUUCUUCCAAAUGGGGAUUAUUAUACAGGGCAAUGGUAUGAUAAUUUUCCUGAUGGACAAGGGAAAUAUUUGUGGACUGAUGGGUGUAUGUAUUUAGGAGAGUGGCAUAAAGGUAAAACUACGGGGAAAGGAAGGUUUAGUUGGCCCUCUGGUGCUAGUUAUGAAGGGGAGUUUAAAACUGGAUAUAUGGAUGGAACUGGCACAUAUAUUGGAUCCAAUGGGGAUAACUAUAAGGGAAAAUGGGUGAUGAACAUGAAACAUGGUCAUGGCAUCUUGAAUUAUUCAAAUGGAGAUUGCUAUGAUGGAGAAUGGCGUCGCGGUUUACAGGAAGGGCAUGGAAAGUAUCAAUGGCAGAAUAAAAACUAUUAUAUUGGAGAGUGGAAAAAUGGUGUAAUUUUCGGCAAGGGGAUUUUUGUGUGGAGUAAUGGGAAUACGUAUGAUGGCUAUUGGGAAGAUGGAAUGCCAAAAGGAAAUGGAACUUAUCAAUGGCCAGAUGGUAGUUUUUAUGUAGGGAAUUGGAGUAAAGAUCCAGAUGAACAAAAUGGAACAUAUUACCCUUCAGAGUCUUCCUUAGCUGCAAAUCUUGAAUGGGAUCCUACAACAGUGUAUAACGAGUUAGCUGGUUGCAAGAUUUGUGUAGGAGAAAGGGUUUCAAUUAUGCCAUCCCAAAAGAGAUUGGCAACAUGGUAUUCAUCAAAGGGUGGGGAUAAGCCUAGAAGGAUGUCGGUUGAUGGGAGGGUAAGUGUAGGUGUAGAAAGACCAUUAGAUAAAAUGAGCCUAUGGGAGAAUGACGGUAAUAGCAAUGGUUUGAGACAAGUUAGAAGAGAUUUGGAUUGUGAGUUAUUAGGUAUACCUCAUAAUGAUGCAAAUCCUAAGUUUAACCUUGGAUUGCCCUUGAAAGCACCCAAACUAGAAAAAAGACAAGGAGAAACAAUAUCUAAAGGUCACAGGAACUAUGAACUUAUGCUUAAUUUGCAAUUGGGAAUCAGGCAUUCUGUAGGAAGACCCGCUCCAGCAACAAGUUUUGAUCUUAAGGCAUCAGCAUUUGACCCCAAGGACAAAAUUUGGACUAGGUUUCCUCGAGAAGGCAGUAAAUACACUCCACCACAUCAAUCUUAUGAGUUUAAAUGGAAGGAUUAUUGUCCAGUAGUAUUCAGGACAUUGAGAAAAUUAUUCAAGGUAGACCCUGCAGAUUACAUGAUUUCUAUUUGUGGGGACAAUGCACUCAGGGAACUAUCUUCCCCGGGUAAAAGUGGUAGCUUCUUUUAUUUAACAGACGAUGAUCGGUACAUGAUAAAGACAAUGAAGAAAUCAGAGGUGAAAAUGUUUUUAAGGAUGCUUUCAGCCUAUUAUAACCAUGUUCGAUCUUUUGAGAAUACUUUAGUGAUAAAAUAUUAUGGCUUGCAUUGCGUAAAAUUGCCUGGAACAACUCAAAAAAAGGUACGGUUCAUUAUCAUGGGGAACCUCUUACGGUCAGACUAUACAAUUCAUAGACGAUUUGACUUGAAAGGAUCUUCUUUAGGGCGCAUAACAGAGAAGAAUGAAUUUGAGACAGAUAAUACUACUAUACUUAAGGAUCUUGAUCUCAAUUUCAUAUUCAAACUACAAAAAGCUUGGUAUCAAGAGUUUUGUUGGCAAAUAGAAAAAGAUUGUGAGUUUCUUGUACAAGAAAGAACUAUGGACUAUAGUCUUUUAGUGGGUCUUCAUUUUAGAGAAAUAUCAACUAAUGGGGAGCUAAUUCCUUGUCAAAGACGUACUUCCUCCGGAAAUUCUGAGAAUGAAUCGACUGAUCAUAUUUCUAGACCAAAUGCAGACCAACUUCUUCUGGACCCUAAAAGGUGGGCUAGCGUCAAGCUAGGUAGUAACAUGCCAGCAAGGGUAGAAAGAACUAUACGGAAACCUGAACUUGAAUUACAACUUGUGGGAGAACAAACAGGGGAGUGUUAUGAAGUUAUAAUGUUCUUUGGCAUCAUUGACAUACUUCAGGAUUAUGACAUUACCAAAAAACUUGAACAUGCAUAUAAGUCCAUUCAUUAUGACCCUACUUCAAUAUCAGCUGUGGAUCCAAAACAAUACUCUAAGCGAUUUCGUGACUUUAUAUUUAAAGUUUUUGCUGAAGACACUUAGCAAGUUUCUACCAUGAAAAGAAGGCAUGAUGUUGUCUUCCAUGAGUCACUAUGUUGAGUUAGAUAUAUAUUUUAAGGUAUGCCUCAUUUAUCACAAACGAUUGUUGU